CUUCCCGCGGGGUCUCCGGCGGGAGCGAGCCGUACCCGGCUGGCGGGGGCGGGUGGACAUGGCUGACCGGAGCGCGCCGAGCUGCCACCUGCGGCUGGAGUGGGUCUACGGCUACCGGGGUCAUCAGUGCCGCAACAACCUCUACUACACGGCGGCCAAGGAGAUCGUCUACUUCGUGGCGGGGGUCGGCGUGGUCUACAGCCCCCGGGAGCACCGGCAGAAAUUCUACCUGGGGCACCAGGACGACAUCAUCAGCCUUGCUUUGCACCCCGAGCGUGUGUUGGUGGCAACAGGUCAAGUUGGGAAAGAGCCGUACAUCUGCGUGUGGGAUUCAUACACUGUGCAAACCGUAUCUGUUCUGAAAGAUGUUCACACACAUGGUAUAGCUUGCUUGGCCUUUGAUUUAGAUGGUCAGCGUUUGGUCUCGGUUGGUUUGGAUUCAAAAAACACAGUUUGUGUAUGGGACUGGAGAAAAGGAAAGUUGUUAUCAAUGGCUCCUGGUCAUACAGACAGAAUAUUUGAUAUUUCUUGGGAUUUGUACCAGCCAAACAAGCUCGUCAGCUGUGGCGUAAAACACAUCAAGUUCUGGAGCUUGUGUGGCAAUUCAUUGACACCAAAACGUGGUGUCUUUGGCAAGACUGGUGAUCUCCAGACUAUCUUGUGCCUCGCCUGUGCAAGGGAUGAAGUGACGUAUUCCGGUGCACUGAAUGGAGACAUUUAUGUGUGGAAAGGAAUCAACCUUGUACGGACAAUACAGGGAGCACAUGCUGCAGGAAUUUUCAGCAUGAAUGCAUGUGAAGAGGGAUUUGCCACUGGUGGCAGGGAUGGCUGUGUUCGCUUGUGGGACUUAAAUUUUAAACCAAUUACUGUGAUUGAUCUCAGGGAAACAGACCAGGGAUAUAAAGGUCUGUCUGUAAGAAGUGUUUGCUGGAGAGGAGACCAUAUACUCGUUGGGACACAAGAUAGUGAAAUUUUUGAAAUUGUGGUGCAUGAGCGUAAUAAGCCUUUCCUGAUAAUGCAGGGGCACUGUGAAGGAGAACUGUGGGCUUUGGCUGUCCAUCCUACAAAACCCCUGGCCAUGACUGGAAGCGAUGAUCGAUCAGUCAGAAUCUGGAGUUUAAUAGACCACGCCCUGAUUGCCCGGUGCAACAUGGAGGAGCCCAUUCGCUGUGCCGCGGUUAGUACUGAUGGAAUCCAUCUUGCUCUUGGAAUGAAGGAUGGCUCUUUCACUGUGCUUCGAGUCAGAGAUAUGACUGAGGUUGUUCAUAUCAAAGACAGGAAAGAAGCUAUUCAUGAACUCAAAUAUUCUCCAGAUGGGAAUUUCCUAGCUGUUGGUUCCAAUGAUAGCUCUGUGGAUAUAUAUGGUGUUGUUCAGCGAUACAAGAAAGUUGGGGAAUGUAUUGGAUCCUUAAGCUUCAUCACACAUAUGGAUUGGUCUUCAGACAGUAAAUACUUACAGACCAAUGAUGGCAAUGGAAAGAGACUUUUUUACAGAAUGCCAGGUGGGAAAGAAGUAACAAACAAGGAGGAAUUGAAAGGCAUUCAGUGGGCAUCAUGGACUUGUGUUUCUGGCCUUGAAGUUAAUGGAAUCUGGCCCAAAUAUUCAGAUAUAAAUGAUAUAAAUUCUGUGGAUGCGAAUUUUAUUGGUCAAGUUAUGGUUACAGCUGAUGAUUAUGGAAUAGUAAAGCUCUUUCGAUACCCAUGUCUAAGAAAAGGAGCAAAAUUUAAAAAGUAUCUUGGUCAUUCUGCUCACGUGACAAACGUCAGAUGGUCGCACGAUCACCAGUGGGUUGUUUCCAUUGGGGGAGCUGAUCAUUCUGUCUUUCAGUGGAAGUUUGUCCCCGACCGCAAGCUGAAGGACACUCUUCAUAUAGCACCCCAAGAGAGUCUGGUUGAUUCUAAUAGUGAUGAAUCAGAUUCAGAUCAGUCUGAUGUUCCAGAGCUGGACUCUGAAAUUGAACAAGAGACACAGAUCACCUAUCGUCGACAGGUUUACAAAGAAGAUCUACCUCAACUUAAAGAGCAAUGCAAAGAAAAAAGAAAAAGUGCAGCUUCUAAGAGACGUGAGCGAGCUCCAGGGAACAGUAUAAGACUACAUUUUGUUCAUGGUUACAGGGGUUACGACUGCCGAAGCAAUCUCUUUUACACGCAGACGGGUGAAAUCGUGUACCAUGUGGCAGCAGUGGGAGUGGUGUACAACCGGCAGCAGAACACGCAGCGCUUCUAUCUGGGUCAUGAUGAUGACAUUCUUUGCCUUGCUAUUCAUCCCUUAAAGGAUUAUGUGGCUACAGGCCAGGUUGGUCGAGAUUCCUCAAUACACAUUUGGGAUACAGAAACAAUAAAGCCACUCUCAGUACUAAAGGGCUAUCACCAGUAUGGUGUUUGUGCUGUUGAUUUUUCAGCUGAUGGGAAACGAUUGGCUUCUGUUGGAAUAGAUGACAAUCACACUAUUGUACUCUGGGAUUGGAAGAAAGGAGAAAAACUUUCAGCAGUAAGGGGAAGCAAAGAUAAGAUUUUUGUUGUUAAGAUUAAUCCUUACAUGCCUGAUAAAUUGAUUACAGUUGGAAUUAAACACAUGAAAUUCUGGCGAAGAGCAGGAGGAGGACUAAUUGGGAGAAAGGGCUGCAUAGGUGCACUGGGAAGAACUGACACAAUGAUGUGUGCAGUGUAUGGCUGGACAGAAGAGAUGGCGUUCUCUGGAACCUCCACGGGGGAUGUGUGUAUUUGGAGAGAUGUGUUUCUCAUAAAAACUGUCAAAGCACAUGAUGGUCCUGUGUUCAGCAUGCACGCAUUGGAAAAAGGAUUUGUCACUGGUGGAAAGGAUGGAGUAGUGGCUCUCUGGGAUGAUACCUUUGAACGUUGUCUCAAAACCUAUGCCAUCAAAAGGGCUGCUCUGGCUCCCGGAUCCAAAGGUCUCCUCUUAGAAGAUAAUCCUUCUAUACGUGCCAUAUCUUUAGGACACGGUCAUAUUCUAGUGGGCACAAAGAACGGUGAAAUAUUGGAGGUGGAUAAAAGUGGACCAAUAACUCUGCUGGUUCAGGGUCACAUGGAGGGGGAAGUUUGGGGUCUAGCUACUCAUCCUCAUUUACCUAUUUGUGCCACUGUAAGUGAUGACAAAACCUUAAGAAUAUGGGAUUUAUCUCCUAGCCAUUGUAUGUUAGCUGUUCGCAAAUUGAAAAAGGGAGGCAGAUGUUGCUGCUUUUCUCCUGAUGGAAAAGCAUUAGCUGUUGGUCUCAAUGAUGGAAGUUUUUUGAUAGUUAAUGCAGAUACCCUGGAGGAUUUGGUCUCUUUCCAGCACAGGAAAGAUGUUAUUUCAGAAAUCAGAUUUUCUCCUGGGGCUGGAAAGUACUUAGCUGUGGCAUCCUGUGACAACUUUGUAGAUAUUUACAAUGUAAUGAGUAGUAAAAGAGUAGGAAUCUGCAAGGGAGCCUCCAGCUAUAUCACACACAUGGACUGGGACAUAAGAGGAAAACUUUUGCAAGUCAACACUGGUGCUAAAGAGCAGUUGUUUUUUGAAGCCCCUCGGGGGAAAAAACAGACAAUUCCCAGUUUGGAGGUAGAAAAGAUUGGCUGGGCAUCAUGGACAAGUGUUUUGGGCUCUUGCUGUGAGGGGAUCUGGCCAAUAAUUGGUGAAGUCACAGAUGUAACUGCUUCAUGCCUCACUAGUGAUAGUAAAGUAUUAGCCACAGGAGAUGAUUUUGGAUUUGUGAAACUGUUUCGAUACCCUGCUAAAGGAAAGUUUGGAAAGUUUAAGAGAUAUGUUGCUCACAGUACCCAUGUGACAAAUGUCCGGUGGACCUACGAUGACAGUCUGCUGGUCACUGUUGGAGGAGCAGACACCUCCUUGAUGCUGUGGACUUAUGAGCUGGAAGGACAUCGGGAUAGCAGGCAGUGUGACAGUGAAGAGUCUGAUCUAGAUUCUGAAGAAGAUGGAGGUUAUGACAGUGAUGUGACAAGGGAAAAUGAAAUUAAUUACACCAUCAAAGCCUUAUCAACAAACAUUAGACCAAUGUUUGGAAUUAAGCCUCAUCUGCAACAAAAGGAGCCAACCUUAGAUGAAAGGCAGGGGGUAGUAAGAGGUUCCAGACCUCCUGUUAGUAGGGCACUGCCACAGCCGGAGAAACUUCAGACAAAUAAUGUGGGCAAAAAAAAGAGACCUAUAGAGGACCUAAUUUUGGAGCUGGUAUUUGGGUAUCGAGGCAAGGACUGCAGAAACAAUGUGCACUAUUUGAAUGAUGGUGCUGAUGUAAUUUAUCACACUGCAUCUGUUGGGAUCUUGUAUAACGUGGCAACAGGCUCUCAGUCAUUUUACCAGGAACACAAUGAUGAUAUUUUGUGCCUCACUGUGAAUCAGCACCCCAAGUUUACCAACAUAGUGGCAACUGGCCAAGUAGGAGACUCAGCAGAUAUGUCAGCUACAGCUCCUUCUAUCCACGUGUGGGAUGCAAUGAACAAGCAGACACUGUCGGUGCUGCGGUGCUACCAUUCCAAGGGCGUCUGCUCAGUCAGCUUCAGUGCCACUGGCAAACUGCUGCUGUCCGUAGGGCUGGAUCCUGAACACACCAUUACCAUUUGGAAGUGGCAGGAAGGUGCCAAAAUUGCCAGCCGAGCUGGUCAUAACCAGCGUAUAUUUGUAGCAGAAUUUAGGCCAGAUUCAGAUACACAGUUUGUUUCUGUGGGAGUAAAACAUGUAAGGUUCUGGACAUUGGCUGGAAGAGCUCUCCUCAGUAAAAAAGGGCUGCUGAGCUCCAUAGAAGAUGCCCGCAUGCAGACGAUGCUUUCUGUAGCUUUUGGAGCGAAUAACUUGACAUUUACAGGUACUAUCAGUGGAGAUGUUUGUGUUUGGAAGGAUCAUGUGUUGAUACGAAUUGUGGCCAAAGCUCACAAUGGACCUGUUUUCACAAUGUACACCACACUAAGGGAUGGUUUGAUUGUUACAGGAGGCAAAGAAAGGCCCUCAAAGGAAGGAGGAGCAGUCAAGCUGUGGGACCAGGAGCUGAAACGGUGCCGUGCCUUCAGACUAGAGACAGGACAAAUGACAGACUGCGUUCGCUCUGUUUGUAGAGGCAAGGGGAAAAUUCUCGUUGGGACAAGAAAUGCUGAAAUAAUUGAAGUUGGAGAGAAAAAUGCUGCAUGUAACAUUCUAAUUAAUGGUCAUAUGGAUGGACCCAUCUGGGGCCUAGCAACACAUCCAUCUAGAGAUUUUUUCCUUUCUGCUGCAGAAGAUGGCACAGUAAGACUCUGGGAUAUUGCUGAAAAGAAGAUGCUGAACAAAGUCAGCUUAGGACAUGCAGCUCGUACUGUUUGUUACAGCCCAGAAGGUGAUAUGGUAGCUAUUGGCAUGAAAAAUGGAGAAUUUAUUAUCCUGCUUGUGACCUCUCUAAAAAUUUGGGGGAAAAAAAGGGACAGAAGAUCAGCAAUUCAAGAUAUCAGGUUUAGCCCAGAUUCUCGUUACCUAGCAGUUGGUUCCAGUGAGAAUGCAGUGGAUUUUUAUGAUCUGACUUUGGGUCCCACGCUAAAUCGAAUCAGCUAUUGCAAAGAUAUCCCAAGUUUUGUGAUCCAGAUGGACUUCUCUGCUGAUAGCUCUUAUCUCCAGGUCUCUACGGGGUCUUACAAAAGGCAAGUGUAUGAAGUGCCUUCAGGAAAGCAGCUUGUGGACCAGGCUGUGAUUGACAGAAUAACAUGGGCUACUUGGACAAGUGUUCUAGGGGAUGAAGUAAUUGGAAUCUGGUCCAGGCAUGCUGAAAAAGCUGAUGUGAACUGUGCUUGUGUCUCUCACUCGGGAAUCAAUCUCGUAACAGGCGAUGAUUUUGGCAUGGUCAAAUUGUUUGACUUUCCAUGUCCUGAAAAAUUUGCAAAACACAAACGAUUUUUGGGUCACUCUGCCCACUUAACUAACAUUCGAUUCACAAGUGGAGACAGAUACGUGGUCAGUGCUGGAGGGGACGACUGCAGCUUAUUUGUCUGGAAGUGUGUGCAUAUGCCUCAUUGAGAGAGACAUGGAGACUUGCAAAGAGGAAACUGCAUGAAGUACCAGGCAUGAAAUACCCAGGAUUGCAAUGUGACAUUCUGCUGUGCCCUGCAUGCGUAAGAAAUGACCCAAGACAUGGAGCAAUCUGUCUCUGAAAGACAGGACCUGCCAGAAGGAUGGACUGUCACAAACACAUGGAGGCUACUAGGCUUGCUUCAGUGUCAGAUAAUCUGGGUUUGUAUUCCACUCACUGCCAGAUGUUGAAAACAAAAUAUGUGGAUGAAAGGAAAAAGUGAAUUGUUAAUCAAUGUACAGUUUCACAGCAAGUUCUUGGGGUUUUAAUCAAGAGAUGCUAUUUCUGACCUAGUGCUGUACAUUGAUCUAUUUUCAGCAUGAAUGUUUUUCCUUUAAGUUUUGAGGUCUAAAUAGCAUAGAUAAAAAGAGUAUUCCAUAUUUUAUUACUGAAAGAGACCAUAUAUUAACUCUUAAAUAUAUAGUAUUUUAAUAAAUGUUUAAUUAUUAUAAAGGAAAUUAUAUUUGUAUGGCUGGUCAAAAGGAAACAUUAUAUCUGAUGAAGCAGAAAUAAUAGAGUUGAUUCCUUAUGACUGAAAUAUUUCCGUAUUUAGAGGCCUGGGUCACAGUCAUGUCUGGUGAAAGCCGUUGGAUAUGCAUGAUCUUCAUGGCUAAUUUAGUGUUUUUGUUGCACUUAAACAUUAAAUUAGUUCUGUGAGCAAAAAUAGAUUUGCUCACUUUGCGAGUGCCUUGCCCACUACCUAAAAGUCUAACUCCAAUUUUUGCCUUGUGAAGAAAAGUAUUCUCAGUGGAAGAGAAAUUAUUGCUGUGUUACUUGACUGGGCUGUGAGCCUGUCUGCUGGAAAUGAAGACCAGGGUGAGGAUUUUGUAGUCUUCUUGUUGAUAAAGUUUGGGAUGUCAGCAGUGGCAAAAAUAGAAUUUCAGAGCAAUAUGAAUUGAUUUUAUUUUCUCAGCAUCAUAGGGGAGAUUCAGAGAGAACUUUCUGAGCAUUAUAUUUUAUACAUUUGAACUUUUUAAUAGAGUUAGGACUAGCUGGGAGAUGUCUCUAUUCAGAUUUCUCUUCUGAUUGUAAAAAACGUCCAAUCAUCUGCUUCUUUGAAUGGACCUGCUGUCAGCUUGAGUAUUUAUUCUAUCCUGCAACACAACUGAGAUUCUAAGUUGGGAAAACAUUUCAGUGAUAAUAAAAUCCUGAACAAAGCUGUGUUUUGGGUACAAGUUAGGAAGAUUUUGUCAGCUGUUUGUCUAAAUCAUGUCAUAGAGAAGCAUUACAGACGGUUAAUUUUCAUGCAAUAUAGUAGGGAUCGAAAAUCACUAAUUAUCUGCACUGCUCUCAUUGUGGCAUUCUGCUGUGAACAGAAAGCUCUCUUUCUGUGUGAGCCAGCAUUGCUUUGGCAGUGGCACAUGUUUAGGUCAGUCAGGAGGCUUUAGUAUUUUUCAUCUCUUGCAUUUUCUUAAGCCAGAUGAAAAAGAAAUAAACCUCAUCUCUUCUUGUAAUCAUCUUGUGUGUGUGUUGGUUACAGAGGGAAUGGGAGGGCUUGCAGGCAGAAGAGAAGGACGAGAAAAGUUACAGAGCCAAACUUUUGUGCUCUCCUUGUUAUGUGCUAUACAAAACUAGUUACCCAACUGUCUUAGGUAAUAUAUUUUAUAUAUCAAACUAUAACAAAUAUUUAUUUUAAAGAAGUUGAUGAACUAAACGGUUAUCAGGUUUCUCAGCAUGAUGGUUCUUAACAAAGUCCUGCCAAUCAUGCAGCUGCUAUUCUACAGGAGCAAAAACUCUGAGGAUUUGGUCAUGAGUGUACAGGGUGUACAUUCUUGCUAGUGAUGUUUUUGAGUUAGGGAAAUUGAAUAUGAGAGUUGUGAUUAGACCUGAUGUAUCUCAUAACCUUGUUUCCUGUCUGUUAUAUGUGAAAAUUAGUCUCUGGUGUUUAUAUCUUCUCUUUACUAGAGAAAUGGUUUGCAGUGUGCUCUUUUAUGGCUGUGAUUCUAUCCCUUAUUAAACACACCUGUGCAGGACUUUUGGGCUUGAAGAUUUGUCCUGCCUCCAUUUUAAAGUUGCCUUUCAUUGGAUCAAGAUGGAUGACUGUUAAGAGCUCAUAGUCUAUCCUACUCAGACUGCCAGAUCAAAGUCCAUAUUUUUCUGUCUCUGAGUUUUCUCCACAAAAUCCUAGGCUCUGUGAGCUCUUCUGUAGCCUUCACCCAGUGAAGGAGGUAUGUGGAUCAAGAGGGUUUGUUCCUUGAAUCCCUGUUGCUGAUCCUCUUCUCUUCUCCUCCCUCCCCCUACCCCCUUCAUUAAUGCUGUGCCUCUCCACUGAUAAAAGUCCAUUGGUGCUUUUCCCCCAAGGGAUCCCAAAGGCCACACCAGAGCUGGAGGAUGAGCAAAAAGGGGUGGGAGGGACUGGGCUGAGGGUUGCAGCCUCCAGGUCUCCCUGCUUCUUCACUCCCUUCCAAACCUCACCUCUACUGUAAAGGGCUGGGAUGGGAGCUGGAAGCUGAGGAGCGCUUUAGAAACUAAACUGCCAGCACUGUUCCUCCUCUUGCAGCCCAUAUUGGCAAGCAGUGUUUUCCAUGGUGAAACUGCUCUGGUUUGCCAGGUAAAAUGGGGGCAGCCAGCUGGGAAUGAUCACAAAUGUUGAGGAGAGGAGUGAGCAGAGCCUCAGUUGCAGUUUGGAGCAUAAUGUAGCUGUGAUUCUCUGCUGAAGUGAAGAGCUGGCUGUCAGCAUGGUCCAAGCUGGCAGCUCGAUGGUGUUUUUGGUCUUUUUGUCUGUGAUGGUGCUUGUUACUGUGCCUCAUUUGCUGUUUACAUUAAAUGCUACUGUAGUAACUUGCUAAUUGUUGCCACCCAUGCUUGAAGCAUGUGGACAUGGGAACAGGCUGCCUGUUCUGAUAGACAGUGGGAACUCGAGGCUGGAUGCUCCAUGGAGAAGUUAGAGGAUGACAGAGCCCUGUAGGAUAGGUCAGGGAAGAAGCUGGAAUGUGGAGGGACUAGUGACAGCCUUUCAUCUGAGAGCAUCAGAGAGAACUGGGAGCAGGAGAGCUUUGCCUGAAGCUGGAGAAAACCUCUUCUGGGGUUAUACAGCACCAGAGAAGGGGAGGCAAAAGUUCUUUGUAUAAUUUAAUCACUCAUAGUGGAUGAUUUUUUACUGUAGCUUCUUUUUGGUCAGCAGCAAACAUACAUCUUUGGGAUCUUUAGUCAGCAAUACUUUUGGUAAUAAAAGAAAUUAACUGGAGAACUGAGUAAAAAUAAAAUCACAUUUAACUUAAUAAAACAAAUAUGCCCUUGAAAGCUAAUAAGCAUACUUAGAAAAAAGAGACUAAGGAAAAUCCAGCUCCUAGGAGCAAGGACAUAUAAAAAAUAAACACAUUUAGAACUGAAAGUUGCCAUAUUGCAGGAACUAAGGAACACCAUUGGGAAUUAGGUCAGAGAGUGCAAAUUAGCCAAAUACGUGGAAUCAUUUAGACUUGAAAUCUGUUUGUUUUGGGGUCUUUUAAUAUCUCAUCUCAAGAAGGCAGUCAGCAUAUAGACUUUCUUAUUUUGCUAGGGAAAGUAAGAAAUGCUGUGAAACCAAAGGAUAGGAUUUCAGAAAAUUAAGGCUGUUUUCUCACUUUUUGACAAGUGAGGAAAAGCACACAUUCAGAGCAACUUCUGACUUUGCUCUGUAUCAGGGUUUCAGUGUUAGCAAGAUUCAUUUCAGCAUAACUGAAACUUCUACCAGUCAGCUUAAUGCUAACCUGGAAUUGUGGUUAGCAGGUCCACUGCAGGUGAGACAUCUCCUCAGUCUAAAACAAGACCAAAAUAAAGGACUUCAGUACCAAGAGCAGGAAUUUGAUAACAUUCAGGAGUGGCUUAGUUUAAAACCAUGAUCCAGUUCUCUCAGCUGCUGCCUGAAACACCUCAGCCCCACUGUUUGCCAAGAGACCCAGCACCUGUGAGCCAUCCCAAGCACUGGCCCUGCAGCACCUCCCCUGCCUUGGCAUCCUGCCCAGAGCCCAGGCUGGAUGUGCUGGGCAAGGUGUCAGAGUGUCACAAGCAAAGGAUCUUGGCUUCAAAUAUGACAUUUAAUUAGGCAAGGUGACAUGUUCCCUAUUUCAUUAUCAGUGUCAGAGAUGUGAUCAGCCUUAAUCCUGAAAGUGUUUUGGUUUAAAUUCUGUUAAUAUAAGCUAUAGGCAGAUGUCAUCUUGUCAAUGUUUUGGACAAAGUGGAGCAUCCUCUAGACUCUACAGAAUGGGAAAUAAGACUGCAAAUCACAAAAUGAAUUGCCACAUCAGUGAUGUAAACACCCCUAGUUGCAUUGAAUAUGUGUGCUUUUAUGUUCUGAUUGGUUUUUUAUGCUUCUUUGCUCUGUUUUUCUAAAAUUUUUAGCAACAUUUGAUUUCUGCUCAUGUGGAUAGAUCCAUGUGCUUGCCAAAGCCUGCUGUCAUUCUUCAUACUACUUGUUGGAUAAUUACACCAAGCCCAUUUAUUUUGUUGGCCCUGGCUUCAGCUCUUCACUUAACUUUCACUUCAGACUUGAACUCUGCAUAUCUCAUUUUAGAAAUAAAAAUAGGAUAGUUUUAGGUGUCUAAUAUGCAUAAAAGCCACAAUAGGUUUCCUUGCCAAAAUCAUUUGCAUCUAAGAAAUACUAGGUGGUUUUCCCAGUCUAUUUGAUGCUAGAACAAGUAAACACCAUCCUUUUCUCAGUUUGCUAUUAGCAAACCAGUCAAAACUUUGAUAUCUUAAUCUGUUUUUAUGUUAACUGUGAGAUCAGCAAUCUAACCAAUUCACUACUUCUUUGGAAAUGAAGAGAAAGUAUGGAACAUGUGUUCUCCAUCCCUCUGUUUAAAACAAAACAACAAAAGGUCUUAGCAUGAUGAGAGUAGGCAAUUCUUCUAAUUUCUAUAAGGCUUAUAAUUUCCUCUUCUUUUUGGAAUUAUGGGACAAAGUGUGGAGGAAGCAGUAACAGGAAACCAGUAAGCAAACAUGGAGAAAAGGCAGAGGAAAGGAAAGCAGAGAAAGGAACACUCAAAAAUAGGCAAAGGAGUGGCAAACGUUGUUUCAAGUGGGAGGCAUUCAGUGGUAGCUUGGCAAGUGUAAGGACUAGAGAGCAGCACAGUGCUCAAGGAAAGCUGUAGGUAACUUUGGUUGCUCUGUUUUUGGGAAGAUGCAGCCAUUCCCACUCCCUGCUGUCUCUACUGCCAUACCUGUGGGAUGCCUGUUUAGAGCUGAGGUGCAGCAGCAAAAACAGCAGGUUACCCACAGCUGCAGUGGAUGCAGUGAAACAAAGAAAGUGUUAUAAAAGACAGAAGUGCUCUGUAGUACUGAGAGCUCAGGCAAAAGAGUUAAAGGAUGUAUUUUAAAAGGCUACUUAUCUUUCCACCUAGAGCAAAAAUGGAUUGUUUUAAUAGGCCUCUUCUGAAAAUGUUCUUCAAAUAAAAAAUAUUAUACCAAAGAAAUAUUGUACUUCAGAAAACUCCUCCUAACCAAACUGUUGCAAUUACUGCCUCUCAUUUCUUUCCUAAUCAGCAGUUCUUGAUUUUGUUAUCAGGCAUUCACAGCAUUUAAGAUGACAGACAUGAAAGCUGUGGGCUCUAUUACAUUUGACUCGAGGUGUGACAGUGAGAGGAAUCUGCAGAGGGCAGUUCAGAUCCUACUUGGGCCAAAUUUUCCUUCAGCGGUUCCAUGCUAUGGGCCUUCAAACAUAAAGGAAGUCAGGGGAAUGUAAUUAGAUCCAAUGAAUACAUAUGAGUAAAAAUAAAUCAGUAUAAAGUUCUUAAUUUUAUCCCAUAGUAAACCAUUACUAAACCAGGAAAUAAUUAUGGUAAACUUUGGGUAAAAAACAAUCCAAACUCAUUAUAGAUGCUGGUUAGAGAACUGGACUUUUAUUUAUAGCAACUCUUUGUAAGAAACAAAAUUUAUAUAUGAACAGCUGGACUGAUCCUUCUCCACCUGCUAGAGGGCAGUUGAUUCUGAGACACGAGAGGCAGGAUGCUCCUAUUGCUUGGUAGGUUUGGAUUUCUCUUCCAUAAGCCAAAAUAGGUGUUUCCUUAGUUUCUUUUGCUGUUUGUGGGAUACCUUCAAGACCCUACAAAGUGAUUUUGCCCUUAGCAGCAUGUAUCUCGCUUAGUUUGGGCACAGAUGUCAUGUGAGAGCUUAUUAAAAAAACAGUAAGAAACCAAAACAAACAAACCUCAAAUGUUUUUUGUUUUUAAUUAUAUCCCUCAAAGUAUGGUCAUGUCUGUUCUAGUGAUGUGAAGAGCCAUGUGACUCGCACUGUAAAGGAAAGCAGAUUGUAUCCACUUAACUACUAAGUGGCCCCCACAAAAUGGGUGUUUCAAACCAGAGGAUAAAUUAAGGCCAGUUGUGCUUUACCUGUUUUCUAAGAUGAAGAAACUAUUGCACUGUCCCUUGUGUGGGCUGCUGCAGAGCUCAUAAAGCUCGCACUGCCUUCAGCUGCUCUUAGUGGGCUGAGUCAGAAGACAAGGCCGUAAGGACAAAAUGUAAACUAUUGCAACAAGCAUUGUAUUGGUGGGUUCUGAAAAAGGGCUGUAGUAAAGGGGUAUUUUAGUUUCAGUCCUUUGCAGGAUUGUAAACCUUUAGGGAAAACAAAAACACUUGUUCCUGUAAUAUCCUCCAUUAUUCUGUCAUUAGCUUUGGCUCUUACUACUCUUCCUUCUUCCCACAGAAGUCUCUAUUCCAGCUCCCAGCUCCCCACUCCCAGCCACCAAGUAAGUUUAUUUUAUCAAUAUAGCAGCUGAGAGGGCCAACUUUAAUCACAACUUUGCUGUUAUUGUGAUCAUUUGUAAUGCAAAGCCAAUCCCAAGCAUUCUGUUGCUGAAAAUUAAUUUUCUAUUACCUUAGCUGCAAAUUCUUGAGGUGGAGGAGAAGGGGGAGGAUCUUCCACGCAAUGGAGCUGGAAGUGGUACUAGUAUAACACCAUUAUUUUUUCAACCACCAGUUGCACCCAGGACAUGUGCUAUACUGUAUUCUUUUGGAAUCCAGUAAAUGUCCUUUCUAAAGGAACUCCAGGCAUGAACACAGACACACAUUGCAUGAAAUAAAAAUGGUUUCCUGUAUUUUGUGAAAUGUUGGUGGUGUUGGGUAGUACUUUAUAAAUUUCUGGUCUGUUUUUCCCUUUUCUUGUUACUAUGUACCAUGGUGUUGUGGUUUCAGGUGCAAAAUAGCUUGAUUUUUUUUUUAAGCAGUAUCUGGUCAUUAGCUUCAUUUCUGAAUUUUAGUUCAGUUAUGGGUGUACAGCAUAAAGUAAUGGAAAAGCUGCAUUAUGGAUUUGCAAAGCAAGUCAAAGCAUUUUUAAUGCAAAAUUCCGUAUUAGAAUACACUCAAGCCCAAAAUGAUAACUUGAAAAUAUAACAAACUAAGUAAAUGCAUUAGAACUACUUCCUUUUUUUAAAAAAAUGCACUUUUAGUUUUGUAGUUUGUUUGUUCACUGCUUUUAGCAGAGGAAAAGCUUUUCUCAUGCUGAACACUGUGCAGUGACAGCCCAGCACGGCAGUGGAAAUGCAGCAAUGGAGAUGGUCCUGGUCUUCUGCUGCCCUUACAAAUUCUUGUCUCCUCAUCUCACAUGGAAAAUAGCUUCAUGGUGGCAGCUAUUUCUGCAAGGGACAGCUAAUGAAGGCAUUGGGAAAUUCUGUAGAAAAAUAAUGUUCUUUGCAGUCUUUCAUCUGGAAACCCAGUCCAGCAGUGCUCUGUGCAACACCAGAGCACGUCCUCUCCAUUCCUCUCUAGUCCCCUGUCAGGUCACUUCACAAAAAUACUUUACUGUAGUUCUUUAAGCUUAAAAUGCAGUUGUCUGUUCAGAUUUGUUGUUUCAUUAUGGAGUGUGUCAGAUAAUCCCUCUUGCUUUAACAAGAAAAAAAAAAAAGAAAAAAAAGGUAUUUUAAACUAGUCCAAAGGUAUGGUCAUAUAUUACCGUAAUAAGGAUUACGGGUUUAAGUGUACUCCAUUUUGGUUUCCACCAUGAACAUCUAAUUCCUGUAACAACGUUGUAUGUUUAUUUAAAGUAUAUAUAUAUAUAUAAAAUGUCAGAUUUUUGCAUUAAUUAAGAUUUUUUUAAAUUUGAAUAUGAACUUUGAGUACUUUAUUUAAGAAAAAAUUAAAAAUACCUUUCCUGGAGUGUUAAGUUUCAGAAUUCAAGACUAUAUUUGUCAAAUUUAAGUUUAAAAUAUGUAGCUAUCAUUGUUUUCUGAUAUUGAAUGUAAAUAUUUGUAAAAAGAAAUUCUUUUGUAUAUUUUUGUGAAAAUGUAGUUCCCCAAAAUAUAAAAAAGAUUUAAUAAAAAAGUGCAUUUAUGUUACUGUU